AUGCAGAGUAAUAAUAAAUUAGUAGUUGAGAUUGAGCACUGUAUUCGUGAAGGUCGAUCAGGUUCGUUUGAAAUUACUGUCAAUGGGAAUCUAAUUUUCUCAAAACUAAAACGUGGUGGUUUCCCUACGACAGAAGCUGUUAUUUCUGAGUUGAUUGCGAUUGUAAAGGGUGAAACACCUAAAGAAGUGACUGAAUGUCAAGUAUCUAGUUGUAAUCUGCUUUAA